UUCAUUCACGGUUCAAUGACUUAAUGCCAACGAUAUCGCGUGCAGCUUCCAUAACUUACAUACAUCCAGACAUAUACCUCGAAUAAUUUUAUGUGAUAAAACUGCAACGCAACACUUUCUGCCAGCUCAGUCCGGAAUAUUGUGCACGCCAACUGAUUUUUAUUAUUAUUAUUGAAUUAAAGAAAAAUAUCCGAAAUGUAUUCCAAACAUUUCAAAUUACAACGAAGUGAAGCAUACACAAGCAUGCUGCUGUUGCUGGGAAGCAUGUUCGCCGCUCUACUGGGUAUGACAACAGCUCAAAUGGAGGUAGGAGACCCAUGUCAAAAGCAAAAUUAUAAAGGCAUUUGCACUGAGGCGAGUAAAUGUACGGAUCUGCCGUAUAGCAUGGCGCAGCUGGGCUUGAAGAGACGUGAUAUCAGCCGAUGUGGAUUCACAACAUUUGAAGAAAUCAUAUGUUGUCCAACACUCUCCAUACCCACCACAACCAUUAAGACACGCGCUGAUGAUCGUCCAGCUGUAAGAGCCUGCAAUGAAAUCGAUGAACUAUUGCAACCCUUGCUUACACCACACAUCCUAGGCGGUACACCCGUUGAAUUAGGUGAAUACCCACAUAUGGUGGCUAUUGGACUGACUGAUACCGAUGGUGCUGUGGAAUAUAAUUGCGGCGGUACUUUGAUUUCGAAGAGUUACGUUUUAACGGCAGCACAUUGUCUGGUCACACGUCAAAUACCGGUGACGGUGCGUAUGGGUGUGGUGAAUUUCACAGAUACAGAACAAAUGAAGGCAGUUGUUGAAAUUAAAAUUAAGAAAGUACACUUACAUCCCGAUUAUACGAGCGCUAAUGUUUAUAAUGAUGUGGGUUUGUUGGAAUUGGAAGAAGAGGUUACGUACACCAACAAUGUGUUCCCAACGUGCCUUUAUACCGACUCGAAAGAUCCGCCAGCCAACUCUGUGCUCUAUGUCACCGGUUGGGGUGUCAUCAAUAGAAGCACACGUGUCAAAUCGGAUGUUUUAUUGAAAGCCCGUCAGACGAUCGUUGACAAUUUGAAAUGUAAUGAAAGUUAUGUUGACAAUGGCUUAACGCGACGCAACCGUGAUGGUAUCAUAGCUAGUCAAAUGUGCGCACAUGACCCGGGUCUAACAAAGGAUGCCUGUCAAGGUGAUUCGGGUGGUCCCUUGAAUUUGGUGGUCGAUGAGGCUUUGAAUAAGUAUCGUGUGGUUGGUGUGAUUUCGGCCGGUUUCAGCUGUGGUAGUGCUACUCCUGGGCUUUACACGCGUGUCUCUGCAUUUUUGGACUGGAUCGAAAGCAUUGUUUGGCCAUGAAAUGUUACGCUUUAUCUGCUCGAAAGUGAUGGGUUUAAAAUUAGCAACCAUGCACAAGUUAACGCCAUAUUGCCAUACAUUUUCUCAACAAAUUUAGGAGAAAAUAAAAAAACUGUGUGAUUUUGUAAAUGAAGUGUAAAAAAUGAUUAUUUUGCUAUUGGUUCAGUGCGAACACGAAAAAAUUUUAAAUAAUUUAAUUAAGUAAUCUAUGCAUUUUUGUUAUAAUAUAUCGGUAAACAAAAAUGUUUUAAUAAAGAAGAAACACUAAA